AUGACAGUUGGCAUCAGCAGUUUUUUGGGCUAUGCUUCACCUUCUGGAAACAUUAUUUGUCUGCAACUGGAAAUAUCAAAUUGGAACCUUCUGCUUCAGCCUCAUCAUGUUAUGGUUCAUCAACUAGGUUUGAAUGAGCAAGUCCCUUUAUAUUCUUACUCUUGGGCUGUUGAUGGACAGUUUUCUCUUUUGGGGGUGUCUGUGCAACUGAAAUGGAUGAAACAGGAGUGGAGAGUAAAAGAAGUUGACAAUGCUUGGAAGGAAAACCAAAAUGCUCAAACAGAUAACUAUACGACUCUGCUUUCAGAAGUAUUUAUCAGACAGCUGUAG